GGCGGGCGAGCCGCACCGGAUUGAAGUGCGCGAGGGAUGAGGGAGAGAGUUUAAUGCAGGCGGUUACAUCACAUUGAGCGACAUUCGAUUAGAAUCUGCCCGUUGGUGACAUUCGAAACGUCCAAACAUUGUCCAGCAAGCGCGGUGUCUGUUCCAGCAGCAAUGGUUUGCAAUUCCUGCUGAAGCUUUGGAGGUGGAAACGUAUUGUGUUCACUGCGAGGCGGGCCACUUGUCAAACUGCACAGUCACCAUUAUCUAAAAGGUAAACAAACCAGGAACGUCAGUGAAGAACAAAUCAAAACAAAAAUACCUGGAAAAACUCAGCAGGUCUGACAACAUCUGCGGAGAGGAACACAGUUAACGUUUCGCGUCCGUAUGACUCUUCAACAGAACUAAGGGAAAAAUAGAAGAGUGGCCUGUGUGUCUCCCAAGAACAAUGAAAAGGCUGUUUCUCGUUGAACCUGUUGUUGCUCUUUACACCUUGGCUGUUAUGGUAGAUUUUAUCUUACUUCAGCAGUAUAUUUAUCGCAGGAUAUGGGAGAAGGAAACUAACAGCAGCUACAUUGAGAAUAAAAGUAAUUUCUCCUGUUACCAGAAUCACAGUGACCCUGUGUACAUGAAACAACAGGUGGUCCAGAGAAUAUCGUCUCACUUUUUUAUGUACAUGACUUUGAUUCCAUUCAUUCCUGGUAUCAUUGUUACCUUCACAUUGGGCACAUACAGUGAUCACUAUGGACGUAGACUGUCUCUCCUCCUUCCUACUAUAGGGGCUCUGCUUGCUAGCCUGGGCUUUUUAGCAGUGACCUAUUUUUCUUGGCCCAUUUAUGUUAUUUUAAUACUUGUAACACUUAGCACAUGUUUUGGUGGCUUCACAGCUUUAUUUGGGGCAUCUUUUGCUUAUGUAGCAGACAUAAGUUCUAGCAAGCAGAAAAAUAUGCGCAUGGCAUUGCUGGACAUGAUUCUUGGUGUAAUGGGUGGCAUAGGGGUGCUAUCAUCUGGAUACUUGUUAAGUGCAGUAGGCUUUACUUGGCUAUUCUUGAUCACCUCAUUGAUUAAUUUUGCCAAUAUGGUGUAUAUCAUUUUUUUCCUUGAAGAAAGUAUCCAAGUGUCAAGAGAUGAACAAAACCAAGUAUUGGGCUGUGAUAAAUUCAGAGAAAUACUCUCUGGAAUUGUAAUUCUUUAUACAAGUUCUAGUUUUAGUAAACGUGUUCGGAUCAGUAUGUUGCUUAUUGCUUUUUCAGCCAUUAUACUUGAAUAUGGUGUUGAAGGACUUUUUACUCUGUAUGAAUUAAAUACACCUCUUUGUUGGAAUGAAAUCCUUAUUGGCUAUGGCUCUGCAGCUGGAUUAGUUACAUUUCUGACGAGUUUUCUGGGAGUGACUCUAUUUUCCCGCUACCUUCAAGACCAUUACAUAGUUCUUAUUGGGAUAUUGUCCUUUGCUGGAGGAAUGAUCAUGGCUAACUUUGCCACUACUACUCUGCUAAUGUUCUUGGUGAGACUGGUUUGUAUUUUUGCUGCCAUGCCACUUCCUGUCCUACGAUCAAUGAUGUCGAAGUUAGUCUUACCUAAAGAUCAAGGUGUUCUCUUUGCCUGUGUUGCCUGUCUUGAAAGUUUAAGUGGUACCAUUUCCUCCAUAAUUUUUAAUAAUGUAUAUGCUGCCACUGUCGAAGGAUUUGCAGGUUUCAGCUUUUUGCUAGCAGCAUGUUUAUGCAUCAUUCCAGUGUGUAUUUUGUGUUUCUUGCUCUGGUGGAAACCUCAAGAGGAAGAUUACACCGGAUUGAUUACCAAUGAAGGCAGCCAUUAGUUCUUACACAAGUUUUCACUUAGAUUGCAGUGAGCUUAUCUUGCUUAGCCACUUUCAAAGCUUCAUUGUGUGCCACUCUAUCUGCUUGUUCAUAUUAUACAAAAAUAGGAUGUUUGCACAGUUCUACAUGUAGUUAAAAACUGAUGUUUGGAACAAUACUUUCAGUAUCAGAAAAUAUUCAAUAGGUAUUCAGUGCAAUCCAAUCUGAUUCAUUAAGCAAUUAACCCUUUCACAAAGUAUAUGAACUUCCUGAGACAUUAUGAAUAAAGUGUGAACAAAAGGCAAAAUAUUGCAGAUGCUGGAAAUCUGAAACCAAAACUGUUCUGCCCAUUUUCAUGUUUUUAUGUAUAGAUGUAAGGAUUUUUUUUUGCAUUACAUUCUUAUUAGGAAAUGUUUUUCAAUUAGCUGUCAGGAGGAAUUUUAGAAUGCUUUCCUUUCACUGUCUUGACUGAUGAGAAGAAAAUUUAUCCCCCUAUGAUGGGUUGUAAGUGAAAUUAAUUUCUACAGUUUCAACCCUAUGCCUUAAUAGGAAACAACCCACAUCAGCAAAAAAAUUGAAACAAAAGGGCUGAAUUUUUUUAUUUUUUGAGAAAGGAUGGGAUUUUAAAUGAACAAACUGCUAACAAAAUUUCACAAAGGCACAUCUUUGCAAGUGUAAUUUGGUUAACACUGAAUUGGAUUUGCAAUCAGUUGGGCUCAUAACCUAAAGGAGAUAUCUGUCAUAAUUUGGUUGCAAAGUCCUUCAUUAUUUGUUCUGGCUCCAGUUUGGAAAUAUUUUCAAAUAGGAAAAAUUUUAUAUAUUAUAUCCUUGUCAAGUCAUUAAUAAAUAUUUAAAAACAGCAAUAGUCCCAAUAUCAACUUCACUUGUAGCCUCCUUCAAGUUCAAAGGUUCCCAUGUAUUACUACUCGCUGUUUUCUGCUAGAAGCCAAUUUUGUAUUCAAACCACACCUUACAUGUGGUUAAUCAUUAAUCACCAAUAUGCGUCCUUGACGAAAAACACCCGAAAAUUCAAAUAUAUAAAUGUAUUCCCUUGUCCAUCAUGUCAGUAUGGUAACACAUUCCCAUUACAGUCAUCCAGUGUCAACAUGAACCACUCUCUGCAUCUAAUUAUGUUAAAUGCAACCAGAGCAAUGCUCCCUCUAUUCUGUCUCCACAUGUCCUUCAACUCUUAACACAAUAGAAUGUCCUUUGUUCUUUCAAGGGAACCAGCCAAUGCAACCUACAGAAAGGAAUUCAAAGACAUCCUGCAGAACUGUAGGAUGUAUGGGUUCCUCAUACUUCUGGGUUUCCUGAACUCAAAACAGCUUCCCUCUGCACAGGAUGCACCUCCGGGCUAAUGUCCAACCCACUGUCUGCCUAAUUAGAUGAACAUUAAAGAUCCUCCAGCACUUUAA